AUGACUUCUCCACAGUAUAAACACGGACUCAUUGCUAUUAAAGAACUGGAAAAUAUUUUGGACACAUGCAAACUUGAUCUUACUCCAGUCGAUGAAGUGUGGCCGAACUUGUACAUCGGAAACGUAGCAAUUGCUCAGAACAGGACCGCGUUGAAAAAGAUGGGCAUCACUCACAUCCUAAACGCUGCCCACUCCAAACAGGGCAGUCUGGGUGACCAGGAAUUCUAUGGCAGCGCGUGUGUGUAUUACGGCAUCCCGGCAGAGGACACCUCGAAGUUUGACAUGAGUGUUUACUUCAGACCUGCCUCCGACUUUAUCCACAAAGCCCUGAAAAAAAAGAACGGGAAGGUGCUGGUGCACUGCAUCAUGGGAAUGAGUCGAUCUGCGACACUGGUCCUGGCAUACCUCAUGUUGCAACACCGCCUUACUCUCAAGAAUGCUAUCCAAAAGGUCAUUCUACAAAGGGCAAUCUACCCCAACCGGAACUUCCUGUCCCAGCUCCUAGACCUGGACAGGGAUUUAUGGAGAAAACGCAGAAUCUGUCCAAUUCUCUGA